CAACUCCAACCCAUACCCCCCUCUUCCCCACUUUCACACACUCCAAAAAUGGAAACUCCCAUCAAAUCAAAACUCUCCAAAAUUAUCCAAUCAACCUUCAACUCCUGCCGCCCCAAAAACACUAACGACGUCUCCGACCACCGCUCAUUCGCCGGAAAAACCCAAAACAACCGCCGUCUCAUUGAACUUUUCUCACCAAAACCUCAACCACUUUCUUCAUGUAAACCAAAACCCCAUCUUUCCCGGCUUAAAUCUCCGGCGACACCUCUGUUUCCGGCGAACACAGUUUGCCGGAUUCCACAAGAGAAAAUUUCAAAAAGAGACCGGAGAAAGAAGCUCCAGUGCCGGAGAAGAAGAAAUAAUCCAACGUUUUCGUCGAUUACGGAUAAUUAUUAUUAUAAUUGGUGGAGUAGUGAAGAAGAUGAUCAAAGUGACGGUAAGACCACUUUGUUUUCCCGGCGAUCGGUUUCGUCCGACUCGUUUGAAUCGGUACGGAAAACUAGAGGGAAAAGAGGUGGCUGUAGGGACUUGAAGGCGACGGAUGUGGUGGCGAUGGAUGGGUUUGCGGUGGCGAAAGAUUCGAGUGAUCCGUAUGAAGAUUUUCGGGCUUCAAUGGUGGAUAUGAUUGUGGAGAAGGAGAUAUUUUCAGUGGAGGAGCUUGAGAAUUUGGUGGAGUGUUUUUUAUCGUUGAAUUCGGAAGAACAUCAUAAGGUGAUUUUUGAGGUUUUUGCGGAGAUUUGGGAGGCUUUGAUUACUGAUUUGGAAAAGAGAGAAUGAGUGUGUGAAUUGUCAUACUUGUUCUUGAGUUGUAAAUUUUAUAAUGAUGUAACACAAAAAAAUUGUUUGAUAAAGUUAUGUUUAAAGGGUUAUGAGUUUAUUGUGCA